AUGUUCAAAAAACCGCUCUCUGAGCUCAAGACCUCUGCACCCAUACGAAGCUCAGAUCGAAGGAAGCUCAGGCAGCGCGUCCUCCAGUCUUUCCCUGUGUUGCAAGCAGAGGAAGGGGAUGUACUCGUCCCGGAUGGCUUGCAACUGCAGAAGUUCAGCACUCACCUCGAUGAGCCUGGCGUAGCAUAUCUGUCUCCGGAGGGAGACCCUUUGUGGUUCACCAUCGGCAAAGGAUCGGACGACUUGAUCCCUACAGUGUACACGCUCUGGAAACGACCGGACCUCCUACCUUUUCUAUCUACGCCCGCUCCCGUCGUGCCUAAGCUUGUCGGCGGCGCUGAUCUUAUGAUUCCGGGAGUGGUCCAACACUCGCCUACGCUGUCCCCGGACCAGCUCGUGUCGGUAACCCAAUACCAUCGCGGCGCGAUCGGACCACCACUCGCAGUGGGGACCAUGGCCGUUUCGUCCGACAUCUUGCGAUCGGCGGAAGAAACCGACGUGAAGGGAAAAGCAGUAUACGUCUUGCACACGUGGAAGGAUGCGCUAUGGGAGAUGGGCCCGAGCAAGAAGACGGAGGUUCCGGCCCCGAGGGAACUCAAGGCCUCCGAAGCGGACGUGUCGGAUGACGAAGAGGACUCGCCCGCGGAUGCUAAUGCUACGCCAGAUGAGACUGCUGGAGCACCAUCAGAGGAAUUGAAUGACCAAAAACCGGCGGCGGAGACUCAGCCGGUCAAUCCCUCCCCAGAAGCAGGCUCUUCCACUAACAUCUCCUUCAUCCUGAGAGCAGCGCUGUUGCAAGCGAUCUCUACAACAUUAUCUGGCCUACCGCCGUCGAGCUUCCCGAUGACUGCUUCAACGUUUUGGAGUACUUACGUUCUGCCCGCGCGCCCCGCCUACGCGCUCGGCACGUAUGGUCUGGCCGACUUGAGCGCGAUUGACGUGAAACAGUCUACCUUCAAGAACGUCAAGACCUUUUUAAAGAAUUCAGCGAAAGACGGUCUCAUCAAGAUCAAGGAAACUAAGAGCGACGUCAUGGUCACCGCUGUGUUCCCUAAGCACCCAGACGUAGCCGGUCACCACUCGCACCGCACGGUGGGCGAUAUGGAAGCCAGGGCGAAGAAAGCGGAGACCAGAGAGAAUGAAGAACGCGAAGCCGAGGAGAAACGGAAGGGCGAAUUCCAGGUCGCGGAGCUCUGGCAGCCGUCCGGGACGACCGUGCCUUUCUUCGUCACUGCUGGAAAGGACACGUCGGGGUUUUACAGCAUCAACGACAUAAAGACCAUCGUGACCGAUUACAUUUCCUCGCGCCGCCUCGUUAACGCGAACGACCAGCAAUAUAUCAACGUCGGCUCGGAUGAGGCCCUCGCGGGCGCGGUCUCGACCAAGGGCAAGGACACGCCGGAGUUCAUGAAACGCGACGAGGUCCUGAAGCUUGUCCGCGCGCACAUGCAAGCCUGGCACCAGAUUACCGCUGAAGGUCGAGAUAUCGUCCGAAAGAAGGGGGAGAUGAAGCCGGUCUCGGUCGUAGUGAAGAUCCGCCAGGGCCGGAAGGCGUGCACGCUCAUCACGGGCUUCGAGCCGUUUGGGCUGGAAGCGGAGGAGAUCGCGGACGAGCUCCGCAGGAUUUGUGCCAGUUCUACCACAGUGACUCCCGUUCACGGAAAGCCAAACGUGCUGGAAGUCAUGGUGCAAGGCAAGCAGAUCAAGAAUGUGUCUGAGUUCCUGAUGGCUAGGGGCAUCCCCAAGGGCUGGAUCACGAGUUCAGACCAGACCACGGGCAAGAAGAAAUGA